AUGGUAUGUUUGCAUAUUCUCCCCCAUAUCUGUUUCAUUUCAGCCGCAAAACGAGCACAUAGAGCUUCACAGGAAGCGGCAUGGAUACCGGCUGGACUAUUUCGAGAGGAAGUACGUUUGUGUUAACUCGUAACAUUGUCAAAUACCUUUUUACUAACUCGUUUCGGAAGUGUGGAUACCUCGGACCCUAUAGGCACUAAGUAUAAUCUCUGUGGCACAGUAGCACCGGGGCUAGAAAUCUUAAUUGUGUCCCCAACGCCCGUUUCAAUGAUAUUUGCGUAGCUGAUGUGAGCUUUCAAGAUCGCAUCGGAAAUCGUGCGUGGCUAGCUUUGCUCCGAGGAUGCUUAUUAAGUCAACGCCAGAUUGCUUCCUUGGCAUCAAGAAACCAGUGUACAUGCUAGAAACCGCAUAAGAAUUCAUGGGACAUGAUGGUGUGGCCCAACCAUUUAAAGUUGCGUUAUGUAACGGAAAAAAAUAUAUGCAACGUUUUUCAUCAUAUUCAAAGGAGACUAGAUAUACAUUGUUUGUAAACUUAAGUCAUUAUUAUCUAGUGCUGUCCUUCCUGUGCGUCCUCCUGAGUUGCCGAAACUUCUAUAUGAUGUGAUCUCUCUAGCUAUCCGCCUAGCCCUUCGUUAACAGCUCAGAUUUGGGGGCUUGUGUGAGGCUUAUGAUCUCUUUGACUGACUGGGCAAAGCUUUCGCGAGUAGCUCAGUCUUACUGCCACAUCUCCGCCACUGACUCCAAGCACGCAGAGACUUCUGGACGGGUUUUGUCUGCAGGGACUGCCGUCAAGUUUACUAAUCACAAACUAACCCCAGUCUUACCGUGGAGGCCCGGCUUGUGCUAAUAUGAUGUGAACAGGGGUUUGCCGUUUUGUGCCGAUAUGAAAUAUGAAUUUUCUUCGUGGCACUGACAAUGGCUGUCUUUUAUUCGGCUUUGGCUGGAAAUGACCAACUAUCUAAAAUCUAUUAUCAGGAAUAUUUCACAAAGUUGAUCCGUCCCAUGACUUACGCUUUAUCUCUAUUUUUUGUCAUAAAACCGGCGUCUACUAGUAAAGGUGACAUUUUUUAACUUUUAGACGUAAGAAGGAGGCUCGUGAGCCACAUGAACGCAGUCAGAAGGCCCGAAAACUUCGUGGCAUUAAAGCCAAACUCGCUAAUAAGGAACGAUUUAAGGAGAAGGUUCAAAUGAAGAAAACGUAAGGUUCAGGUUUUUCUUAUCCCCUUCCUCGGACCCUAGUAUUCGUAUGCAUGAGCUGCGAAAUGUGCGACAGAAGGCCGGAGAGGCUGGUGGCCCUGGCGAAAAGCCCGUUUUCCUGCUUGAUCGUGAGGAACAAAAUAUUUCGAAAAUCCUCUCUAAUACGGUCAAACAAAAGCGCGCUGAAAAAGCUGUAAGUACUCGAAGUUCCUGUUUCAGUCCUCUUUAAUUUGACAACUUAUUUUUUGAGUUAGUGAUCUAAGCGAGGUUCACCGCAGACCAUAUUUUGGAGUGUUUGACAGUUUAAUUUUAACAAGUCGGCAUAACUUUUACAGUUGAUUGUGCCAGGCGCUGACAUUUUUACGGGUUUGCGUGAUUUGUAUAUUCCUCUCCUCACUGAGAGGAACUGAUGAGACGUUCAGUAAACUUCGGCGUCGGUAGCAGGCUGAAAUGUCACCUAUCCUGCUCCGAAUGCUAGUUUCUAAACAGCGGCCUGCCUGCGUGAAGUCUUCAUUUUAAUACAGCUCGUUAGAGUUAGGACAAUUAGUUUCCGUUCACUUUUGUUAUUGUGGACGUUCGUCUAUUAAGGAUAUGGAAGUCUGCCUUUGUGCAGCUGACGCUUUUUUAAUAGUAAUAACUGGCCAUUCCUGCUAUUCAUGAAGCGUGUGUACGUGCUGUCAGGCAUUUCGUCUCGUUGACCUAUGUCUGUUCUCUCUGUGAUCAUAUUUCGGAGAUCUCGCCGACUCCACCUUUGGAAAUCUCGGUGGACUGCUACUCAUAGCAUCACAAUCUUAUGUUACAUUGAUAGCCUUUACGCUGACGAUGGAGAUCGUUGAGGGCAUGGUAGUCUACAAUAAUGCCGGAAUAUUCCGACUAGCUCGACUGACAGACAGGCGGAAGGAACCAGUUGUGGCCCUGGGACACGUGACGUCCGAGUAGGGAACAUUAUCCACUUUUCUCUCGCCCAGUUCCGGGAAACUGGUCGCCCUUGCUUAGUGGAUUCAGUAUGCUUCGAGAAUUACAGGCAGUACUUCUGAAAACCCCACUAUUGUGCGCACCAAGCAACUUGGUACUGUAAAUCCCUAUUUUUGAGAUAAAAGUAGGUCAGUUAGUUUUGUAAAAUAUCGUUAUCUUGCCAACGCCUAGUCAACGCAUCUGGGAAAACUGAUGAACACAAAAGAAUCUAGUAGUGCUUGAGGCCUUCCAAGGAUAGCCUCUGGCACGUUGUCAUAUAAGCCAUUCCGCCGCGCAAAUGUACUCUGAGUGAGGAGUCCAGAUCGAUGAAGCCUCGACAGUUUCAUUCUUCGCUUCUCUGAACGCCUAUGGAGGCAAGCAGGGUCCUUUUGCCCACUUUGGACCAAGAUCUUCACGCCCGAAUGUCAUGUCCUAAAUGGAGAUAAACGAAUAUGCCCCUAGCCUUACCAUCAAGGUCUUCGCUGAGAAUCGCAAAUGUCUGUUGGCGUCUUGUGGGAAGCCUAUGACACUUUCUGAAACUAUAGUGUUUCAAGCAAUUCAAGUAUCAAAACACUGCGGUCUUUUUAUGUACGUACCGCACGGAAUAUUGUCUUAUGUUACUGACUGAGUUGCAAUUUCUUAGACGUAGUCGGCGAACCAUGCACUUUUGUACAUUAAAUGCAGACAGUCAUUGUCCAGACUUAUUUUGUAGCCAACGUCAAUUAUUUAAAGGCCUGUUUUGUCCUUUAUUUUUCUAAUGACUUGCCGGGACCUGCGCAUAUCAUCGUUGGGGGGCAGGGCUGGCUCUGGAGCACCACUGGCUAUGUUUUCUCACUCGGUUGUUGAUAAUCGGUACGCGCUUGCGUACAUCAGACUUCCCAUCAUACAAGAACAAGGUAUAAACUUUUACACUCGAACGGCAAGUGAUCUGUUUCCAUUAGCAGUUUACAGGGAGCUGCGAGAGGGUCGACGUGCUCUGCAGACAAGUCUUCGAGAAUUAGUUUGUGUAGUCUUCUACCUAGAUGUGUGUUGAUUCAUUUACUGGACGACCCGCCUUACAUCUCUAACCGCAGGGAAGGCGGCUUCGAAAGCCGUAAUGGCCCGUCUGACACCCAGCGCUGGAGAGUCAAUGGCGUUUUGUCGUAACGGCUAGUUGGAAGAAGCUGAGCAGACUUUUGACUUUCCAUGCUCAAUCUGUCGCUAAGUUCCCAUUACUGCCCUUGAGACGGAACGUUCCGCCCUCGUUCGAAGGCGUCAGUGUUUGCGGAAAAUGUGGUGACCUGAAAAUUUUAAUCUCAAAUUAAGUAUAGCCGUUGCUUUGUCUGUCGAAUAUAACACUAAAUAUUAGCAAGUUUCACGAGCAAAAUUUACUGCCUGCUGCUUACAGUUCCCUCAGUGGCCUCAGUUAAACAAAAAUGAAUAAGUCGGCCUAUUGUAUUUCUGUAGUGAGUGUACUCGUAAGUAGAGCAUGGAAGAUCUGUUUGGUAAUUUGCUGGAGACCAUGCAAACGAGCUCCUAAAUACAUGGCUUCUACAUCCAAGUUUAUGAGUCGCACAGGAGUGUGUGUUUCUGUGUCUCAUAUAGGGGUCGUUUAUGUGGUCACAAGGUGCCAGCCCUAUGAAGCGUGAUUAUGUUUUUAGAACCAUUUACACUCAUACGCGUUUUGCCUGGUUUUUCAUGCCAAUUGGAUUGCUUCUAUUUUGCAGCGACCAGCAUAAUCAGCCCUAUUCGCCAUUUUUUCAUCCCUCUUUCAGGGAAAGUGGCAGGUGCCACUGCCAAAAGUACGGACUGUGUCUGACGCUGAGGCCUUUCGCGUGGUGAAGUCGGGUAAAUCCAAGCGAAAGGGGUGGAAGCGAAUGGUUACAAAAAUGUGUUUCGUGGGUGACAACUUCACCCGCAAACCACCGAAGUUUGAACGCUUCAUCAGGCCGAUGGCAAUGCGUGUGAAACGUGCCAACGUUACUCAUCCCGAGUUAAAGACAACCUUCUGUCUACCUAUAAUAGGUGUGAAGAAAAAUCCAAGCUCUCCUCUCUUCACAUCACUUGGCGUCAUCACAAAGGGAACUGUAAUAGAAGUAAGACCCUCCUUAUCUAAGAUUGUUUUUGGCAGCAUGCACUUUUAUAACAACUAUUACAUCCUAGGGGACCAUUGUCUGUAUCAGUGAACCAACGCCCACUAGACGGCCGCCUCGCAAGCACUAACUUUGGUGUUGUCAUCGAUAUGCUUGCAAUUGCUGUCUUUUUAGAAAUCCUUAAUCCUUUUUUGUCGUGUUAACCCGGCCCGGUGGUAAGCAGGAAUGCUAGGAGAAAAAAUAUUCCAUAGUAACGCUAGAUCUGCCCGUGGUGGCUGGCAUUGGUGUGAAGAGGAACACUGGUCACCACCCAUGUGAUAAGAAUCACAACAGUUUCCUUUUUGACCAUACUGAUGACGUUCCAAGGCGUUUGAACCACUCUAUCUCGUGCUGUUCUAUGAGCCUUUGUUUCAUUCUAAGCGCGCUGAAAUACAGGCUGUGUUGGAGUGUCGAUCAUGGAAUAAUGAAGUAGCCCAACAAUCAAUCCCUCAGUAUGUCCAGAAUUCGUUAUUUCCCAGUCUCCGUUUCCGUUAACGAUGUUCAAGGCUAUUAUAGUGUCCACAAAGACGAUGUUGAGACUGAUCUCCAUCUCCGCGCUGCAAAGAUAGUGUUAAUGCUUUCCUAUUGUUUUCGGAAUGCAGGAUAAGUAUCUGGAAGAAUUCCUUGUUCCAAGUGUAAAGUCAGGCCACUCAAAAGUACACGGGCAGAGAUAUUUUUAUGGUAGAAAGAUCGUUCGUCGAUCAAGUUAUGGGACGUGCUCGCCCCAUAUCCUGUUUUUCCUUUUUAACUGAAGAAGAUAUGCCCGUGCUUAUCCAAUGUCUGUCGGUUUCCGUUUUGCUUGUAGAGAUGUACAGUGGAGGCAUACUUCAUGACCUGUGCGGUUUCUGCCUUUCUCCAUAGCUGAGUCAACGUGUCUAAUCGGCGGCCGCCGUAUCUGUUGAUUUCGGCUGGGGUUGUGCCAGCUUCUAGAGCCGUUUGACAUUGCUGUCUUGUCUUGGUCGUCUUCCGUACUGUGGGGAUAUGCUAUGAAAGUAUCGGUUUUCACUUCAAGAAGUCACUUGGUCACUUCUUCGGAGUUGAGGACUUCUUCGACCCGGUCUGCAUUUCAGUGAAGCCGGUUAUUUUCGGGAAGGGUGGGUUUCUUUGAACCUUCUCCGAUGUCGGCGUGCAGACCCAAGAACUUCGUGGUAGUGACGUAGGUGGCGUCCAUCGUUCGCUCACAAUACACUUACUUGCCCCAGAUUGCUAGGCAUCUUUCUGCUGAAAGUCCAUCUACGUUUGGCCAGGUCCACUGUCGCGCUCAACUUCCUUAGGCCUGUCUGUUUCUGAGACCGUCUUUGUCGUUGAUAAUGCAUUCCUAUCCCCCUUAUCGCAAUCAUUUCACGGUGACCCCGCCUCGCAAUAAGCGCGUAGCCCAUUAACUGCCAAGGGAAUGAUCGAAUGUGCGCUCGUGUUUUCUUCUAGCGAUUGGGGAGGCGAACGAUGGCGUUGUCCUGAGGGCUGGGUUCUGCGCUAGUCUUCAGUAGAACGCGGCCGUUACUGCUGGAGUUGCACACUUUUGCAAUUUAACAUCCUCAAGUGAUGUGAUCUGUGCUUUCUUGUGUUUCGAGGUCACCAGUCACAGUUAGUCUGUCCCCCCUGUGGCACAGACACGUAGUGAAGGUGUACUUUCGUCGUGAAUGUGCUCAUGCACUAACGACAGGGGUGAGCUUCCAACGGGGAGGAAACUGGACUAUGCUGAGCCGAUCUUAGUUUUACGCAAAAGAGAAAACAGCUUCUUGUCAAUAUCAUUUUUGAUUGCAAAGGUGACUAGCUCCAUCCCUUUCUCCUAGGACGUCAGGUCCGAGAGAAGGUAUCUGCUCCCCUUCCUAGAAAUAAGUCUCGCUGACGGGGGAGCUGUCCACAUAGCAUCCGGCUAGUUUGCGAACAAUUAGAUUUGUCUUAUCUGGUUGGGCGGUCGUUUGCGUGCACAAAAGAAUAUCAAAAUGGACGAAACCACUGUCUAGAGGACGAUGGUGACCAACGUCAUUCUUACUUGUUGUGUCCCGACAGCAGAACUUGCGGCCAUCGGAUACAGUCGGUAUGGGCAGCGUGAAUCGGAUUUUCUCAGGGCACCGCUUCUAGUCCCCUCAAUAAUUCGGUGGAAACAAUGCGUCUUUUGGCGCAGCUUAUUCAACGUUCCCACCAACGUAGGCGAUGAAACGAACCAAAUUAGCCAAGGUCUCACAUGGUUCAACUGGACUUGGGUAGAGAGACGAGGUAUUGAAGUGGUCAAAGUAACUUGCUUCGGAAUUGACUUUCCUUAGCUUAAUUUUCUCAUUGCAGUCGCAUUGUAACCCAGUUACAAGACUGCGCCAUAACCGGUGAUCAACAUUGACAAAUUGCAGUCUACGUGUGUCACAACACGGCUAAUUUCCGUUAGUAACCGAACGAGACUACAUGUUGCUGAGGGCAGAGACGCCGGUUACCCCAUCCCAUUUAGCUCGCCGAUCGAAGCGGUUACUGGGCUGUGGUCGAGCGCUGAGCAAAGCUUCGUGUGACCGCUGGUGGGAGCAGAAUGGCCAUUCCAUGCGGUACGAUCGCCGGAUCAACAGGGUGUACCAUCCUCCCUGGGCGGCCCAUACAGACGUAGGAAGUGACUAUUCCGUGCCUUUGUGAAUUCAAACCCCAUAGCCCUUAAUUUUAUAUUGCGCUCUUUCUUACGCUUGGUCUUUUCCACGUUAAAAUAAACUUCACGCCCCAUUAUUCGCGUGAUGGUAACAUCCUUCUUUAAAACUAAGUGCUUUUCGGCAGAAUGUCAAACAUUAAUUGCUACAAGUUUGAUCAGAAUUUUUCACCCCGGCCUUUGCAAACCUAGAUCCAGGUAUUUACUUACGUUUUCCCGCCAUUAUUCGAUGACCGAAGUUUUGCACACCGUUUCCUUUUUGCAGGUAAACGUCAGCGAACUAGGUCUGGUAACACCAGGAGGCAAGGUGGUGUGGGGAAAGUACGCCCAGGUGACCAACAAUCCAGAGAACGAGGGCUGUGUUAAUGCUGUCCUCAUAGUAUAA